AUGUCAUCCUCACCUCCUUUUCAUGUUCCCCAUUCGACUACUAGUAAUAAUGGGCACACAUUUACUUGCCCCAACUGCGCAGAUAUAUUUUCAAGCAUUGACAAUGUCAUCCAUCAUCUGUCAACUACUGUUACCUGCGGUCAGCGUGUUGUUCAAGGUCUUACCUCGGACUUCGGGGAACCUAGUCAUUUCUCACAGGACUAUGAUCCUGACACCCUAGAACAUGAGCAAGACGUCUAUGGAGAGUACGACGAACUCGAUCCUUUGGAUGAUGCGGAAGAAGUCAUAAUCCCACAUGUCGAAAGCGCUACAGAUGACGUAUCAGCCUAUAACCCGCCACUUUUGUCUGUCCCACAUCCUGAGCAAUAUCAUCCCAGUACCCCCGAGUCACACCUAUUCGCCAACCCAGUCUUUGCGCCUUGUAUGGAUUUCCAGCCGUACCGGGAAUUCGAGGGCGCAGACAGUCAGCGAGCUUAUGGAGAAUUUAUGAGUGCUGAUCUUGCGUGGGAGAUACAGGAUACGCUUCCUCCAGGUCAUUCAUUUGUUGGUGUGAUUGGUGCUUCGGACAAAACACCUCUGACCAUUGGGACUGGAAACAAGGAGAUGCAUCCCCUGUUGAUCUCGCUCGCUAAUAUCCAUGCAGGCGUUCGCAUGAAGGCGACAUCACACGCAUUCGCUUUGGUCGCUUACCUGCCAAUACCAAAGUUUCUCAAUGUCUCGAAGCCCGUACAUGCGAUUUUAUCCGCACGAGUCUAUCAUUUCGCGAUUUCAAUUGUCAUGCGUAAUUUGAAACUUGCCGCUCGUGAUGGCUGCCCUAUGUCAGACCCCAGAGGAGAUUUGCGUAUGAUUCAUACACCUUUGGUCGCCUGGAUAGCCGACUACCCUGAACAAUUGCUCAUUGCAUGUACGGCCUUGAAGCGUUCUCCGAUUUCUCUUGCUACCGCUGCCCAAUUUGGGGAUCCUCUUCCGCAUCCUCCUCGAACUCGUUCUAACACUCUCGAUGCUAUUGAAAGGGCGUGCACUAUUUCCGACCCCUGCGACAUCGCAUCCUUCUAUAAGACAUGUCAAGCCCUUCAUCUGAAUGGUGUUGUUGAACCAUACUGGAAGGAUUGGGGCCAUGCAUGCCCAUCCUUCUUUUUGAUACCAGAUGGCCUCCAUCAGUGGCACAAAUUUUACUUCGACCACCCCAUCAACUGGUCUAUAAACAUCAUGGGGGGAGCGGAACUCGAUCGAGUGCGUCAUUGGGCGAAUGGCGUUUCCACGCUGAAGCAGCUCACUGGUCGAGAACAUCGAGACCUUGAGAAGCUCCUUCCUGGCGUGAUUGUUGGUGCUGUCCCUGAUGAAGUUGCAUGUGCACUAUGUGCUAUCACGGAAUUUAUAUUCCAAGCACAGAACCUCUUCCUUUACGACGAAACCUUACAUUCUUUAUCCGAAGCCCUCCGUGAAUUUCACUACUAUAAGGACUUCAUCCUGACAGCGGGUGGCCGCCGUGGCAAGAACGGUCUCCUCAAUCACUUCCAGAUCCCCAAGCUAGAGUUAAUGCAGCAUGUCGCCCGGAGUACUCGAGCCAUGGGUGCUCCAUAUCAAUGGAGCAGCGAUAUUACUGAGUGUUGCCACAUCACUCAUGUGAAGCGGCCUUACCGCAUGUCUAAUCGCAGGGAUUUCCACAGUCAGUGCUGCCGCUUCCUCGACCGGCAGGAAAAACUGCAAUUCUUCCAGCUUUACACAGUUCUAAAGUCACAGCGGGCAAGCUUGAUCUAUGAAAUGUCCAGGGAAGCAAACAUGAUGGCGCUCCACUAUCCCGAAGCAACCUGGAUCUCUACUGUUCUGCCUGGUGAGCAGUAUGCCGUCGCCGGCAAACCAAUCACUUCCCUUUUCACCAACAAUCACACUCAUUUUUCUUCCGACGACACUGUUGCGAUCCUCCUUACUUGCCGUCCGCAUUUCCCUCGCCUAUCUAUUGAAGAAGCUUCUCAACAUUUCCACAUUCCCGAUCUCUGUCCAGCGCUGGGUGAUCUGAUCUCUGGUAGAUCUUACCUCGAGCGCAGUGGAAGGCGAAUAUGUCGUCCCAACUGUUCUCUCUCCUUUGAUUACCUUCACGUUUGGCAAAAAUUCCGCAUGCAGCGGCGCUCUACGCAAGAUAGCCGUAUUGUUAGUCCUGCUCACACCGUCCAGGCACUACCACCAAGCUCUUCGAUGCCGUUUGGAAGGGGAGAUACUGUCUUGAUUACUCACGAAAGUGGCGAACUACUUUCGCCCGCCACUUCUGAACGUAUGUGUAUACUUUUCCCUAUAACUUCUUCGCAUCUUAGCCCCAGAAUCCUAGGGUAUCUCAUUGUCCAAGUAAAAGCUAUCAUCCAGCCUAUUACUGAAAUGCCCCGCCUGAACCAACCAUUUCUCUAUGUCGAAUUUUUCAACUUCUCUCAUUCAUCAUUCAGCACCAUCGACGAUAUUCGUUUCAUUACUCCAGCUCCUGUAACCGACAUGUUUUCAGUUCAACGCUGUGUUCGAUCGAACCAUGAUCCCUUGGGAGACAUAGUGCCUCUGGACAGCAUGCGUCAGGUCAUCGAGCUUAUUCCCAAGUUCGGUCGAGAGGUACCACUGUCAAUGAAUCGCGACAAUAGUUUGCAGCUGGCGCGCGAGUUUUAUGUGAAUAACUUCGCAGACAAAGAGACCUUCCAUGCUAUUCUCAGUUGCCAGUAG